CGGGACUUACAGGGGAUUGGAGCUGCGCCGAGCAGCGAAAGUGGGGAGAGGCUGUCUGGGGAUGUGCGGCGGAACGACGGCUGGAUCUACUGAGCGAGUGCCCGAUUGCCGCCGCCGCCUUUUUCGGUCGGAUCGGGAUUUCCUUUCCGGAGCUGUUCUUUGCCCGCUCGUCAGCUUGCCCUGCAGGAGCGCCUUUUGCUUCCCUCUUUUCUGGAGGUGAACCCGUUCUCAGCAGCUUCGCGCCCCCGCGGGUGAAACCGCCCUCCUCCUCUCCUGGGUCCUUGUCCGCAAUCUAGUCUCGCUUCGCUUUUUCGUUUCUCUUCGCUUCCUCCCUCCCUAACCUGAAGCUCCUCCUCUUCUGCCCCAUAUACAGUACUGCUCCCGUUGCUUCUCCCCUUCCUUUCUCCAGGCAGCUCGGUUUGUGUCCUUCCCAGCAGUCACACCUGUCCUGCUCCUUCCCCGCACCCACAGGUCCUGUGCCUGUGUCAUUUGCUGAAGCGGCUCCCCUGUUUUGUAAGCCACUCCUCGCUGUAGGGGACUCCCCUGCUUGUGGCCUCUGCUGAAAACAGAAAAUUACCCUGAAGUGCUUCCAGAUCUCUUUCCUUGCUUUGGUAUUUCUUCCAUCCUGGAUUUCGGAUUUUCCUGGUUGAGUUGUCGCCUGACAGAAGAACUAGCAUGCCCCUGUUCCAUCGCCUGAUUUGUUACCUACAAGAUGCAGAGAAAGUUGCCCGUUUCCAAAAACUAUGCGGUGUAGAAGCAUUACCAGACUGGAGGUCUCUCUCCUCUGCUCAGUUGGUGGACACAGAACAUCUCUUGGCCAAUGGGAACGGCACCGUUGCCAAGACAGAGGGCGAAAGUGGCAGGCGCUGUCGGUUCCCGGAUUCUUUUAACAUGGAGGAGAAAAAUACUGAGAACCACUCGAAUGCUAUGAGGAGUGGGGUAGUUUCUAAAGAAGCCGGUGGGGUGGAAUCCCAGCAAACCUCCCUAGAAAAGCAGAAGCAGCAAAAGCGGGCCUCAAAAAAGCAUCCUCGGCGCAACUCUCUGACUGGAGAAUCCAUAUCCCAGAAGUUCAGAAUCCGUAACCUUUUCCUUUAUUACCUCUUCAGCUUGGGCACAGAACUGGGCAAUGAACUUUUCUAUAUCAUGUUUUUCCCCUUCUGCUUCUGGAAUGUGGAUGCUUGGCUGUGCAGGAGAAUCAUCAUCAUGUGGGUUUGGACAAUGUACUUGGGCCAGUGUACUAAGGAUAUUAUCCGUUGGCCAAGGCCUGCUUCUCCACCAGUAGUGAAGCUGGAAGUUUUCUACAAUUCUGAAUACAGCAUGCCCUCCACGCAUGCCAUGUCAGGCACCGUCAUCCCUGUAACACUGUUCUUACUCAGUUAUGGACGGUGGCAGUAUCCUUUCACAUAUGGACUGAUUCUUACAAUCUGCUGGUCUUCUCUCGUUUGUUUUAGUCGAAUAUAUAUGGGAAUGCAUUCAGUUCUGGAUGUUAUUGCUGGAUUUUUUUAUGCUAUUCUCAUCUUGGCAGUCUUCCUUCCAACUGUGGAUCUGGUUGAUCAUUUCAACUUAACUUUCCAAUAUGCACCACUAGUCAUUUUGAGUCUUCAUCUUGCCUUGGGGGUGUUUUCCUUCACACUAGACACCUGGAGCACAUCCCGAGGAGAUACAGCUGAAAUCCUGGGCAGUGGUGCUGGAAUUGCCUGUGGCUCUCAUGUUAACUACAUGCUGAAUCUGAUGCCAGAUCCCUCGCAAGAAAUGCUUCCAUUUGUUCCCUCCCUCACCAUACAUCUCUUUGGAAAGGCUGUACUGCGAUUAUUGAUUGGAUUAGUGUUUCUGUUGCUAGUCAGAAUGAUCAUGAAGAAGGUCACCAUCCCACUGGCCUGUAAAGUCUUUGGUGUUCCUUGUACAGAUAUUCGAGAAGCCCGACAGCACAUGGAGGUUGAACUGCCUUAUCGCUAUAUUACUUACGGAGCAGUGGGAUUCUCAGUGACUUUCUUGGUUCCUUCCUUAUUUUGCAUAAUGGGACUGUCCUGAUGUGUUUUCUUCAUAUGGAAAGAGUGAUGGACAGUUGACCUAAGGGAGAAAUGGUAUACCUUUUGAGAAAUGCUAUGGUAUCACCUCUGCUAAAAUAAUAUGUAGCAGGCAGUAAGCUCAAAUCUUUGAUACUGGUUAAAAACCUUAUAGAUUCAGGUCCUUGAGAAAUGCCAUGUCUAGUCUUACCAUUGUAACAACAUUAUAAACAGCGUGUGGGUUUAUGUGUAUGGAUAAAUACAGUUGCUGCCUCAGAUUA